AAUUUUGUUGGGUCUCAAAAAUGGCCACAUGUUAAAAGUUUAGUAUUAGUUGCAAAUACAAUUAAAGCAGUUUUCCCAUAUGUAAGUGCAAUGAGAGAAUCUAUGCUAGAACAAUUUACUAAUUGUCCAGUAAAUUUAGAUAAAUUUUCCAACAUAAAAGGUGUCAUAACAAGUCAGCAAAAUCCUUUGGAUGAUUUGCAACACUUGUCAGCUUUUGAACAUUGUAAUGUUAUGAGAAAUUUGUUUCCAUUGGAGGUUUGGAUAAAUUAUUGA